AUGCCAGCAAAGCUACCCCAUGUGCGUCAGAUCCACGGCGUGAGGAGGUCGUUCGCGACCGCAGUUUCGCGACCGCCUCUCAGUGCACUCAGCUCUGUCGCUCGCGCGAAGGCGGAGCAGAUCUCAGCAGAGUGGAAGGGCACGAGUGCAAGCGGCGGGAACACCAAAAACUUCGUCGGCGGCGAGUUCGUCGAGAGCCAGACGUCAGAGUGGAUUGACGUUGUUGACCCAGCGACGCAAACGUUGUUGACCCGCGUGCCGGAGACGACCUCCUCGGAGUUUAAGCAGGCGGUCGAUGCUGCCUCAGAAGCGUACAAGACUUGGAGCCGGUCGAGUGUUCUUACCCGCCAGCGAUUCGUCCUGGAGUUGCAGCAUUUGCUACGCAAGAACGCUGAUGCCGUUGCGAACAGCAUUGUUUUGGAGCAGGGAAAAACUAUUGCAGAUGCCCAAGGUGACCUGCUCCGCGGACUUCAGGUUGUCGAGAGUGCCUCUGGAAUUGCUACCGCUCUCCUGGGUGAUACAAUUGAAGUGAGCAAGGAUAUGGAUACUUCAACUCGUCGUCUUCCAUUGGGCGUGUGUGCCAGCAUCGCACCCUUCAAUUUCCCGGCCAUGAUUCCGCUUUGGACCAUUCCCAUGGCCAUCGCGACCGGCAACACGCUCAUCGUGAAGCCGUCGGAGCGUGAUCCAGGCGCAGCCAUGAUUAUUGCAGAGUUAUGCCAACGUGCGGGUCUGCCCGCAGGCGUGCUUAAUGUGGUGCAUGGAACCGUUCCGACGGUGAAUGCAAUAUGUGAUAAUUCCUCAAUCAGAGCGAUCAGCUUUGUGGGUGGAGACCGUGCGGGUCGGCACAUCUAUGAACGGGGACGAAAGACUGGCAAGCGGGUUCAGGUCAAUAUGGGUGCAAAAAAUCAUGCGGUGGUCAUGCCUGAUGCGAACAAGAACCACACGCUUAACUCGCUUGUCGGCGCCGCAUUUGGCGCUGCUGGACAACGAUGCAUGGCCAUCUCUGUCGCUGUGUUGGUCGGUGAUUCUCAAGGGUGGCUGCCGGAGCUUUGCGAGCGCGCCCUGAGACUCAAAGUCAAACAAGGGUUUGAGCAGGGUGCUGAUCUAGGUCCGGUCAUCUCUCCGGCCGCCAAAAGGCGUAUUACUGGAUUGAUAGCGUCGGCCGAAGAGCAGGGUGGGGGGAUCAUCCUCGACGGGCGCGACCUGGAAGUACCCGGCUAUCCAGACGGCAACUGGGUUGGACCCACUGUUAUUGAGGCUACGGCCGACAUGAGGUGCUACCGCGAGGAAAUAUUCGGCCCCGUGUUGAUCGUCCUCAAGGCAGACACUCUGGAUGAUGCACUUGCGAUCAUCAACGCUAACCCGUACGGUAACGGCACAGCCAUCUUCACUCAGAGCGGGGCUACUGCACGUAAGUUCGAGCGUGAAGUUGAGGUCGGCCAGGUGGGCAUCAAUGUGCCCAUCCCAGUGCCGUUGCCCAUGUUCUCGUGGAGCGGGAAUAAGGCGAGCUUUUUGGGUGACGUGCCCUUCUACGGCAGAAGCGGUAUCGACUUCUAUACUCAGAACAAGACGACCACUGCACUGUGGAAAGCAGAGGAUGCUAUCGGCAACAAGGCGUCUGUCGACAUGCCGACCCACCACUGA